AUACUUUCCUAAAAUCAUGAAAGCGUGUUACGUUUCGCAGCCAUUAUUAGUUUGAAUUUUUACAUUUAUGUGGCAGGGAAUCGCACACAUGUUAAAGACCAAAUACGUAAAUGUCAGUCAUUCGGCUAAGCGAAUCGGUAUAGGUAUGUGACCGGGUGCGAUCAAACAAGUUGAAACAAAGACGAAAAUUAGCUACACCAAUAGUCAGAAUUCCAAAUUAUUAUUAGUGGACGAAUUUAUAAUGGAGGGUCACCAGGUAAUAGCGCUGUACGACUUUACAGGAGAGUCAGGAACAGCAGAGUUAUCUAUUACAGCAGGAGAAGUGUUAACUGUCAUGAGAGAUAAUGUAGGUGAUGGAUGGUGUGAGGGUUUUAAUCAGAGUGGAAAAUCUGGGUUGUUUCCAGCAGCAUACGUUCAGAUUUAUGAAUCUGCAACAACUGCUUCAAAUGCUAUGACAUCGUCUCAACAAAGUUCUGGGGAUUAUUGGGAUGACGAUUGGGAUGAUGAUUCUGAAAUUGGUCAGACACAGGCAUAUGUCCCUCAACAACAACAACAACAGCAACUGCAACAACAACAACAACAUAUGAUACAGUUAACUCAACAACAUAGUGUAGAUUAUGGGGACACAGUUUCUACACCCAUCAUUCAUUCCGUAAUACCUGAAAGGCCUAUACCUAAUAUACCAAAGAAAAACAAUAAAUUUUCUACAUUAAUAAAGUCCGGUGAAGACAGUUUUCUGUUAGGAAUGAGGGUAGCUAAUGUUCCUGAAAGUGAGAAAAUAUUUAUUGAAGAAAUUGAAGGAGGACGUUGUAGAUGGGUUCCAAGAGGAGAAUCUUACAGUUGUGCAGUCACAUCUCCUAAAAAGGAAUCAAAAUUAAAAGGUCUUAAAAGUUUUACAGUUUAUCAACUUACACCUACGUUUAACAAUAUUCAAGUUUCAAGAAGAUACAAACAUUUUGAUUGGUUACACGAACGUUUGGAAGAAAAAUAUUGUUUUAUUCCUAUUCCACCGCUACCAGAUAAACAAAUAUCUGGGAGAUACGAGGAACAAUUUAUUGAACAUCGACGUACCCAACUUCAAGAGUUUGUCGAUUAUGUUUGUAGGCAUCCUGUGCUAGCACGUAGUCGUGUCUGGGAACAUUUUAUAACUUGUACAGAUGAGAAAAAAUGGAAAGCUGGAAAGAGGCAAGCCGAGAAGGAUGAAUUAUUAGGUGUAAAUUAUUUUAAUGCUGUCCAAUGUCCUGAAAUAAAUUUGGAUGUUAUCAAAGUAGAGAUUCAAACGGAUGCUUUCAGUAGAUUUAUAAGUGGAUUAGAUCCGGUAGUUAAAAAUUUUAUGGCUAUGGCUGUUGACCAAACGAAAAAAAAUCAGGUUCUCUAUAAAAGAGAAUUUCAGAAAAUUAGUCAGAGUUUUAGUGCGUUAAGUCACGCAUUGGAGGGCGACGAUAGUAGUCGAGGAAAAUUAACAUAUGCACUAAAAGUAACAGGAGAUGCUUAUAAUGAUAUAGGUAAAUUAUACGAAGAACAACCUAAAUUUGAUUGGGAGCCUCUUGCCGAUAAAUUUCACAUUUAUAGAGGGAUUAUCAGUAGUUUCCCAGACGUGAUAAAUAUACACAAGAGUGCUGUCCAGAAACGAAAAGAUUGCGAAAGAUUAGUAAGCGAGCACAAAAUGGAACCGCAACAAUUACGAGAACUUUCUCAUCGGACAGAUAUAAUAGCGCGGACUGUUUUCGCUGAAGAAACGCACUUUCAAACAGAGAAAGAAAUUCAUUUAACUCAAGCCAUGAAAACUCAUCUCAAAGAGCAAAUUACAUUCUAUCAAAAGAUUGUAGAUAGAUUACGAGAAGCAUUAAGUGCUUAUGAAAGUUAAAAUGUAUAUGUAAUGUAAUGUUAUGUAAAAAUGCUUCAUUUACAGUAUAAUAUUGAAACGAGCUGUUUAGUUUAAGAUGUGUAAACUAUACGAAACAGUAGACAAAAGCUACACGUUAAAAUUAUACGGGGUAUGUAUUCGUAUUUAAAUCACGAAUACAAUUUCAGAUGUAUUACGUUUAUAAUAAUGAUAAGCGAUAAUCGCAGAAGAAGGAUAUAUGAGUUAAAAAAUGGGGCCAAUCAUUUGUUCUCAGAUGUUAUUACCAAGAAUCAUACGUGUACAGGGUGUUUCAGCUAUGGAUGGGGAUCCUCCUUGCGGGGGGUGUUAGCAGGGGUGACACUGAACAACUUUUUCCUUUACUAAAAUGUUCAUCAAGGCUUAGUUUUUGAAUUAUUAAUGAAAAAUUCCGCUAGCACCCCCUGCAAGGAUGCCCACCUGUAGCCGAACACCCUGUAUAAAAAUAUGAAUAUAUUUCCUACGACUACACAUUUCCUAUUUACAAUAUUUUAUGUAUUUUUUAAAUAAUACAAUCGUGUAUCAUUGUGAAGCAAUUAAUCAAAUAAGAAAAGUAAUGGUCAGAAUAAAAUGUAACUUUCCAAACACAGAUAAUUAAUAUCAA